AUGCAGCGUCUGACGCGGAGACUUUGCGGCCUCUACGCGCCCGUCGUGGGCUGCAUCUUCCUUGUAGACACGUUGUACGGGUCCAAGUACAGCCCCCACAUUGGGGUGUGCAACCUGCCCUACGCGUAUGUGAAGACGCUCCUGUUCUGCGUCUCGGGGAGGGAGCGGCCGGAGCCGAACCGGCAGUACGUGCUUGGCCUCAUUGAGCACCUUGUCCCCUUCAAUGGGGAGGAGGAUUUGCGGAUCAAGUUAGAGCUUACGCAGUUUGUGGAGACGGUGCAGCUGCGAACAGGUGCGGCUCACGCUGGGACGAACGCGGGGGGUGCGGGCGCGCGGUGCGGCAGCGGAGGCGGCUCAUCCCAACUGUCAGAAAAUAUGACGGCGUUCCUUUCAGGCUCAAUUGUUCCCCCAGCCUUGGCCCGUGUGCUGCUGUACGACGCCGUGUGCGCCUGUGCAGAUGACGGAGAGUACAGUGAGGCGGAACGCACCCGUGUGUCACACGUAGCAGCAACGCUAAGCAUUCCGCAACGCGUUAGAGACGCCAUUGAAAAGGUGGUGGUGCAGGAGCGACUGCUAGCUAUGCGGAAGCGACGAUUGUUGCUAGUCAGUGAUACCCCGCCACCACGCUGA